UUAAUUUACUUGAAUUGUGAACCAUUCCAUCAAAAAAAAAAAAAAAAAAUUUGUUUUGUUCAAAAUGCUGUCAUUUAAAUGUUCUGGUAAUUGUCACCCUUGCAACUUAAAAAAUAACUUUUUCAAAAUGCUAUAAUUACUUCAAAGAAGUUACUUCAGAGAAAUGUUAUUAAAAGAGUUUUAAUACUAAAAGUUUCUUUAACGCUUAAAGAAAUGUUUUGGUUAGCGACAGUAUAUAAAAAAUAAAAGAGCAAGAGGAAACACUCUUCCUGUUAAAUUUUUUUCAAUUCACAAUCCUCUCAUCUAUCCAGAUUUGGACUGAACAUUAGUUCUACCAUUGUCGAGAUACUGAAGGAUCGCCACAUCAGCAGGAUGCGGGUCUAACAAAAACAUAGUUUCUUCCUUCUGCUCCAAAAACAUGAAAAUGAAACCUCACACAAUAUAUUCAUAUGAUGGAUGCAUAGAUAUUGUUCAUAGAAAAAAUGUCAAAUCGUUGAAUGAUAACUAUUUUUCCGCUUAUUACUCAACAUAUUCACAGAACUUUUCUUUGGGUCCUGCAACUUGUUCAAGUUCCUCUGCCAACCAAUUUUCAUCUGGAUUGAUUAUCAGUCCAUCCUGGCCACUUACCUAUAGUAAAUCAAUAAAAAAAUGUAAAUGGUCUGUAAACACAGGAGAUACUAUGGACAUAAUUCAACUUAAUGUCAUGGAUUUGGACAUUAAUCAAGAAGGCACUUCUUGUAAUGAUAAGUUAUUCAUAAAAGGUAUCAAAUCUCUAAAAAAAUGGAAUUUUUGUCGGAAGAGUAAACCAUUUUCAAUUUUAACUGAUUAUUAUAACUUGGAAGUCCAAAUGGAUAUAUUAAACUAUAAAAGUUUGACUUCAAAUCGAGGUUUUGUUAUUGGGAUUACAGCUUGGAAAAGUACAGGGUUUCUUAAUAUUCUCUUGAAUAACAAAAAAAUAAUAAAAUACAUCAUUCCUGCGGUAUUAGUUGUCGUUGCUAUUUUUUUUGUUAUUGUACAUCGAUGUAUUCGAAGAAGGCGUCUUUUACAAUCUAACAAAAAUGUAACUCCACAAUAUGGCGCGGUACCGAACUCAGCUCCAGAUACGAUUGAACUUAAUAAUGAAUCUAAUCACGACUCUAAGCAAAGUUUUAAUCCUAGUCCAUACCCUGUUCAACAAGCAUAUCCUCCAUAUGAAGAUGAACUCAAGCAACCAUUGAUGUAUCCCCCUGCUCAGCAAUAUCAACCUCCUAUUCAACAAUAUCCAGGUCCUCUCUCCCAAAACCCAGCACCUUUUCAACCAUAUUUAGCAGCCUCACCACAACAAUACCUACCUCUACAGCAAAAUAUAGGGGUAAUUGAACCUCCUCCACCUCCGUAUCCAGGUAUAUAGUCUACGUUUUAGUGGUUCAUGAAUUUAUGCUAAACUUGUAAUAUUUUGAAUGUUAUUUUUUUAUGUUGAUUUUUUUUCGUAUUUAAUAAUUAUUAGCUUUUUUA